CUUCAUUUCCUCUCUGUUCUCAGGUCGCGCGAUGACCGCCUCUGCCUCGACGAGCCGCUCGCCGCUGGCCACGCUUGGGCCCCAGUCGCUCCCUGCGCUGGCUCCCAUCGAUCCAUCUAGCGUCUCUCGGGUCGAUGGCGAAGCGGUGAAGAGGAUCGAGUCGGACGAGGACGUGCACCGGUGGAAGGCGAGCGUGGCGCACGAGCACAUCGUCCUCUUUGCCUCGAGGCUCUGCGAAGCCGCCGUCGGGCUCCCUACGAGGGCCAAGCCGCCAAGAGGAGAAGCCAGAACGACGCCAAUCACUAGCAUCAUCGAGUUGCUCGACAAGCUCUCGGGGUGGAUCGACGACAUUGCGCCUCGCGCGGGGCCCCAGCGAUUCGGCAACCUGGCCUUUCGUGACUGGGGCGCCAAGCUCGAGGCCGAGUCUGCCUCGCUCCACCGUCGCCUCCUGCCCGAACAGCUGCACGGCUUCAUCCCCGAGCUCCAGUCGUACCUCAUUGGCGGCUUCGGGAGCUGGAUUCGCCUCGAUUACGGGUCCGGCCACGAGCUCAGCUUCGUUGCGUGGCUCUGCUUCCUCGAUCGCCUCGCCUUCUUCUCCCAACCAGCCCUGUCCAACCCGGAACACUUGGUGAAGCCACAACAGUCAGAGUCAGACCUGGCGCUCCUCGUCUUUCCGCGCUACCUCGCCCUUGCCUGGAAGCUGCAGGACGCAUACGGGCUCGAGCCCGCCGGCUCGCACGGCGUCUGGGGCCUCGACGACUACCACUUUCUCCCCUACGCCAUCGGGGCGGCCCAGCUGCGGCUGCAGCACACCUAUACGCCACUCCAGACCUCACGGCCCUCGCACCGGCCUGCACCUGCACCCGCGCCCACACCCGAGGGGCUCCUGGCAUUUAUUCCGGCGCAAUCUUCGUCGUCGUCUUCUUCUUCGUCAGAUCCCAGGGCUAGCAAGGAGGAGCAGGCACCGCCAUUUGCGAAUCUCUACACCUCGUCGAUUGCGCGCAUUCAUGCCAAAAAGCGCGGGCCCUUUUUUGAGCAUUCACCCAUCUUAAACGACGUCGCGACGACGGUGCCGAACUGGGUAAAGGUCCAUCAAGGCAUGCUGAAGAUGUGGGAUGCUGAAUGUCUCGGCAAAAGACCAGUCGUUCAGCACUUUGUCUUCGGGCGAGUCGGCUUCGUCUGGGAGGGCCAAGGGGAGGCAAGCCCACGGAAAGAGGAGCAAAAGGCGGCGGCGCCACAAAUUACAAAAAGCGCCGGGAUGCCGGCACCGACGGGCGCGCCCUGGGCUGCGACUGCAGCGCCCUUGACAGCGGCGGCACUGCCUCCACCUCUUUCGCGACCACGGCCACUAGGGACAGCAGCAGGUAUCCGCGGGGCUGACUUGUCUCCAAUGACGAGAGCACCAGCGGCGGGGGUGGCAACACUAGCAUCGACAGGCUCCGCAGCAGCCUCUUCCUCACCCUUUGGCCGCCUCUCGCGACCAACGACGACGGGGCCUCUGUCCAAGGGCACACCUCCCCCUACUACCACUACGCAAAGAAAACAAUAGAAUGGCAAAAACCUGAGCAUACAAACAAAACUUUCUGUACUGUGC